AUGGUAAAUACUGAUGGCAUAAUUAUUGGGUACGAGAAGACCACGGAAACUGCCCCUGCUGCAAAUACUACGACUACUGCGGAUGAUGAUUCUGAUGCCGCUGCUGAUGAUGACAUUUGUCACGCUGGUGCUGUUGCUGCUGUUAGUGCUACGUCUGGUGCUAGUGCUUAUGGUACUCCUGGUGCCGCUGCUGCUGCUGCUAAUGCUACUCCUGAUGCCACUGCUGCUACUUCUGCUGCUGGUGCCGCUGCUGCUGUCGCGGAUCCCGGAGCUGUCGCUGGUACUGUUGCCGAUGUAGAAGUUGUCGACGAAAUAAUAGCAAUUUCUGGGAAUGUUGCCAGUACUUGUAAUAGUGAUAAUAUUGGUUCAACUGUUGGUGCUGGCAUUGAUAGUACUGUUGAUGCUGGAGUCGCUGAUGCUGGUACGGGUUCAGGUGCUGCUGUGGGUGUCACGUUCGGCGCUAGUGCUGCUGCUGCUGGUGCUACAAUGGGUGCUGUUGCUGAUGCUGGUGCUAAUGCUACUCCUAGUGCAGCUGCUGUAGCUGAAAUUGAUGAUGGUGGAGCUGUCGUUGGUGCUUUUGCUGCUACGGGUACUGCUGUUGGUGCUGUUACUGAUGCUGUUGGUGCUAGUGCUGGUGCUACUGCGGGUGCAGCUGCUGCUGCUAGUGUUGAUGAUGGUGGAGCUAUCACUGGUGCUGUUGCUGAUGCUAGUACUGCUAUGGGUGCUGCUGCAGGUGCUGUUGCUGAUGCUGCUGUUGGUGCCACGUUUGGCGCUGGUGCCGAUGCCACUCCGAGUGCAGCUGAGGAACCUUUUAAUAUUUUUUGA